UACAUGGCACGAAGCACGAUGGAUCAAUCUAAUGCUGCCGAUAAUUGCCGAUUGAUAAGAGGUCACCUAUCCCAGAGAGAGAUACUGGUCAUUCUUUCAGUUGCUUCAAUAAUCGUCAUCUAUUCCAUUUCCGGUACUUGGAUGCAGAGCAGGAACGAAAUGUAUUCUCCUGACCCUGUAGCUACCUGGUAUAACAAUGAAAACAAUAGAGGAACGAAUGACUUCCAAGUCAGAAUAUUGGAAAAUACCAGGACACUAAACCAACUCAUGGACGACAAAAGUGCCAGUCUAACUUUUUCUCUUCUGACCAAUGCCACGCAACAUAGAAAAGGCUUGCCCAACUAUUACAUUCAUGGGACCAGUCUUGGACUGGGAGAAGAUUAUUCGAAAUGCAACAUUGCCUUCGUACACCUGCAUAAGGCAGGAGGAACGACCACUAAAUCUGUAUUAAGUAAGAUUUCUACUAAAGCAGGAAUGCCUCGAGUAAAACUCGUCAAGGACACUUGUACCGAAGUCUUCGCCCGUUACAUCAAAGAGGGGCGGACAUCCAAACCUACACUUUUCAUGGGAGGUUUUAGCUUUGGCAUAUGUGAUGUUCUAAAGGGUAGACCAUGUACAUACAUGGCGGUUCUUCGUAAUCCGUAUGACAGGAUUGUAUCAGCUUACUAUUUCUGUUAUAAGAUUCAUCCUACCCUGUGUGGACCGGUGAAACCCAAAGACGUUUCCAUCACUACUUGGGCGAUCCAUCAAGGAAGUCACUUCUUCAAUCAACUUCUCAUGCUCCCGGACACAUGUAAGAGGGAUUCCAGAUCUGAUGAGUACGUCAAGCGCUAUCAAAACCAUACCAGAGAUAUUAUCCCGUACAUAAAAAAACACGAAGACGCAUGCUGGUUCCAACAAAAGGCUCUACACAAAGAAACAUUAACGAAAGACCAACGUCGUGCACUUCUACACUACAUUCUUGAAAACCUAGAGAACUGGUUCGGGGUAAUAGGACUUUUAGAGGAAUAUCAGUUAUCCCUCGAACUUUUUGGAGAAGCUUUCAAAAGGAAUUUCACGGCUGCAUAUUCAGUCCCGAAAAAUACUGGACAAGUUAGAAAAAACGUGGAUAACACGUCUAUUAAACAGAUGAAACAAGAUUUACUUAAUAGUGCUGAAGUAAGAGAAGCGUUAUAUGAAGAUAUCUUGAUUUACGAGAAGGCUGUUGACAUCAUGGAACGUCAAAAAGAAGAAUAUUUUCGAAUGAAGAAUAGAAGACAAAAGUUAGGCUAUGAAAUUCUCCAUUAAAGAUAUAGGGUUAUAGAUAAGGAGCUUUGGAUAUUAACUGAAUCUUGAAGAUUUAUAUCCAUAUACCUAUCAAAAACACAUUAAAUCAGUUCCAUGUUAUUGAUCAUGUAGAUUCGCUGCUCAAGCGACAAAGGGCCACCACCAGCCGCAGGCCCCGACCCUGCCAUUAUCAACCAUAACCGAUGUAAACAUCGUCCUCACAGAAAUAUGAAAAGAACAUAGAGAGUGAAAGGCGUACCAAUAUCCAUGUCUUCCUUAUCUUUCAGUUACUUUUAAAAGCAGGAUUUACAAUGACAUGAAUGAGGAAAUUUCGCUCGUUAAGUCUAAUCUUGAAAAUUUUGAUCACUUAAUUCAUGUGCCAACCAAAUAUGUAUCCAAUGUUGAUCGCGAAGCUGGACAAACUCUAUUUAACUUUUUUUAUAAAAGGAUAGUGAUGCAAAGAUUAUCGCUUAAUUUCACAAAACAGUUAUAUACACAUCCUGGUUGGUAUAUGCAAAUGAGGAGAGUGAUGACGUUAUCCACUCACUGUUUCUUUUGUAUUUUAUUGUAUGAAAUAUUCUAAUUUUCUCCUCAUUGUCAAGUGAAACAACAAUUAAUUCCUGGAAUUAGUAUUGUUUAAUACUAUAUGGUUCAGUCAAGUUAGUCCAUAUUUUCAAAUCUGUAAAAAGUGAAAUAUUUUAUAAUUCAAACAAUAAAAACAAAAAGAAAUAGUGAGUGAUAGACAUCAUCGACUGUCCCAUUUGCAUGUCACCAAGUUGUGCACAUAACUGUUUUGUGCAAAAUAAGCAAAACUUUAAAAUGUCAUAACUUUCUUAUUUUACAUCCGAUUUUGAUGAAAUUUUCAGCAUUAUCGAUUAUGCUAGUUUGAUUUUUCUCUGUUUAUUCAAAUAAACAUUUUUCUGUGGUGGACUUGACCUUUAUCAUAAUUGAAUCACAAUUCAUGCAAACAAAAAUUUAAAAGUUUAUUGCAAACGUAAACUAAGAAUCAAUAUGUAUAUAACAUGUAUAUCUUCAAUAAUUUAUAAUUACAAGGGAAUAGUAUUUUUAAAAAAUAAAAUCUUCGAGAAAUCUCUCUGAAUAUAGUUAUAAAACACAAAUAUACUUACUUGUAUAAUCUACAGUAUUAAUACUAUUCAAGUUGAAGAUGAUAUUUUUUCCAAGUACAUUAGCAGGACCAUUAUUCUAAAUUUUAGUUUAUUCAAAGUAGCUAGAAGUUUUCUACCCCCUCUUUUUCCUUGGUGAGAUGUAGGAUUAGCUGAUAAGUGUAGGUUCUUGACUGUAUUCCGAACACAAUCUGAAGCCAUAACUAUGAACUCGAAGUUCAUGAAGUUCAGAAGGCGUAUAUUAUAUUUAAGGUUUUCGUCAUCUGGGCCAGGCGCGUAGCCAGGGGGUCGGUGAGAGCCGCCCCCCCCCCGGCCCCCCCCCCCCCCAAAAAAAAAAAAAAAAAAAAAAAAAAACGCCCCCAAUAAGAAAAAAAAAGAAGAGGAAAAGGAGAAAAAGAAAAAGCGACAUGAGAAAAGGGAAGAAAGGUAUAGCUUUGUAGUUUUUCCUUCUUCUUUGUUGUCACAAGAAUAAAAAACCUAAACAAAACGUUAAUCUUCUCUAGCUCUUCGUACAAAAUUUUGCUUGCGCGCUCCGCGCGGGAAAAGUAUCAAAAUCGUCUAUCCUUAUUGUUUCCCACGCCUUUUUUCUACUCCGUUUUUCCACUUCCCGGCUGUGGGAAUCGUAUAAGAAAUUAUGAACUAUACAUGGGCGUAAAGAGUAUGUUAUGAAAGUUUUUCUUUAUUAUUAUUAUUGCAUUGACAAAAAAUGUCGGCUCUUCUGUCACUUCCCGGCUCCCCAAAUGAUAUUUCUUUCGCUUUUCAGAAAGUAAUUUUUGGCAAAGUAUAUCUACUCAAAGAGGGAGGCAUUUAAUUCGUACCGUGCUAUAUGCAAAAGUAUGUACGAUAUGAAACUUUAUUCUAUAUCGCUGCACAUCCAUCUCCUGUCUUGUUUUGUGCCAUUUAUUUAAAGUUUUGAUAUCACUGAAGUUUCUUAAUCAAACAAAAGGAAGCGCUUAAUAUGAGCAAAAUUACACAAUUUUUUUUUCUUCCAAAAUAAAUCACAAAAGCAUGGCAAAGGAAAAUUAAGUUCCUCAUCUAGCUUGCAUCAUCCCUUUCACAUUUUGAGCUCGUUUUUCUUCUUAAUCGAGUUAUAGUCUAAGUAAUGUCAAAAUUACAACAGGUUAAAGUUUCAGAGAAAUUUCUAAAAUUCAAAGCUUGAACGCCUGUCACACAUUUUGUACAGUUGGUUUUUAGUAUUGUAGAUAAUGUAGGGUAUUAUAAAGUAUAAUACUUGUUUUAUAUUAGGCAGAUUAUUGUUUGCUUCAGGUAUUGCAAAUUAUUUAACUGGUGGAUGUGUAUUUUUUUACCAUAUUCCUGUACUUGUUGUAGUAAUGUAUGUUUGAUGUUUUAUACUAGCAGUAUGACCCCAUUGGAAAUAAGCCUUUCGGCUUUCAUGGGCUAUCCUGUCAAGGUAUUCUUAAAUUUCAUUGCAAUCACCUGUGAUAUUCUUGACGAAUAAAAUCAAUCAAUUAAUCAAUA